AUGGCCACAACUGCCUCAGAAACGCCGCUGGAGCCCUACCUGCGCGGCCCUACUAGCAAGAACACCAGGGGAGUCCUCCGCAUCAUCAUUCUUUGUACAAUAGCAGCUGCAGCGGUAUCAGCACGCCUUUUCAGUGUGAUUCGAUUCGAGAGUAUAAUACACGAGUUCGAUCCGUGGUUCAAUUUUAGGGCAACGAAACACUUAGUAGCCCAUGGCUUCUACUCGUUCUGGGACUGGUUUGACGACAAGACAUGGCAUCCACUGGGAAGAGUAACGGGAGGGACAUUGUACCCCGGCCUGAUGGUCACAUCUGGGGUCAUCUACCACAUCCUGAGGUUGCUGUCAUUGCCUGUCGACAUCCGGAACAUCUGUGUCCUCCUCGCUCCGGGCUUUUCAGGACUGACCGCAUACGCCAUGUACCUCCUCACCUCUGAGAUGUCCAGCUCGCCGUCUGCCGGCUUACUGGCGGCUGCCUUCAUGGCCAUCACUCCGGGCUACAUUUCGAGAUCGGUGGCAGGCAGCUACGACAAUGAGGCUAUCGCUAUCUUCCUGCUGGUAUUCACUUUCUUCCUCUGGAUCAAGGCUGUCAAGGUCGGCUCCAUCAUGUGGGGUGCUCUGGCUGCACUCUUCUACGGCUACAUGGUGUCAGCUUGGGGAGGCUAUGUUUUCAUCACGAAUCUCAUCCCACUGCACGUGUUCGUUCUCAUCCUCAUGGGCCGCUUCAGCUCCAGAGUCUACAUUGCAUACAAUACCUGGUACGCGUUGGGAACCUUGGCCAGUAUGCAGGUCCCCUUCGUCGGCUUUCUGCCCAUUCGCAGCUCGGACCACAUGGCCGCUCUGGGCAUUUUCGGACUUCUGCAACUCGUUGGAUUCUUUGACUUCCUGCGGAACCAGCUUCCUGGAAAGCAAUUCCAGACUCUACUAGUGGCACUCGGUGGCAGCAUUUUCGUCAUCGCUUUCGGAGGUCUGAUCCUUCUGACAGUUACCGGCACAAUUGCUCCGUGGUCCGGUCGAUUCUAUUCACUUUGGGAUACCGGCUAUGCCAAAAUCCACAUCCCUAUUAUCGCCUCCGUUUCCGAACAUCAGCCUACAGCUUGGCCAGCGUUCUUCUUCGACCUCAACUUCCUCAUCUGGCUAUUCCCAGCUGGUGUGUACAUGUGCUUCAGGAAUCUUCGGGAUGAGCAUGUCUUUGUCGUCAUCUAUGCGGUCCUCGCAUCUUACUUUGCGGGAGUCAUGGUCCGUCUCAUGCUCACUUUGUCACCCAUUGUCUGCUGCGCGUCUGCCUUGGCUCUGUCGCAUGUGCUGGACAGCUUCUUGCUUGCCAAGUCACCAGCAGCCCCCGCAGCAGAGACCAAUGGUUCGGCUAAACCGCCGUCGUCGAAUUCUUCGUUCGGCAUCAGCAAAUCCAUUCGUCAGCCGGUCGUCGGCAUCUAUAGUCUGAUUUCCAAGUCGACCAUCGCCUCACUCAUAACAGGCUUCCUCCUCGUGUUCGUGGCCCAUUGCACAUGGGUCACCUCCAACGCCUACUCAUCUCCUUCAGUCGUCCUAGCGUCGAGAAUGCCAGACGGCUCGCAGCAUAUCAUCGACGACUACCGAGAAGCAUACUACUGGCUCCGUCAAAACACACCGCCAGAUGCUAAGAUCAUGUCGUGGUGGGACUACGGCUACCAGAUCGGUGGCAUGGCUGAUCGUCCGACGCUCGUCGACAACAACACCUGGAAUAACACUCAUAUUGCCACGGUCGGCAAAGCAAUGAGCAGCCGCGAAGAGGUUUCAUACCCCAUUCUCCGCCAACACGACGUCGAUUAUGUUCUCAUAAUCUUCGGCGGUCUGCUCGGCUACAGCGGCGACGACAUCAACAAAUUUCUUUGGAUGGUCAGAAUUGCCGAGGGCAUCUGGCCAGAAGAAGUAAAGGAGCGUGACUUCUUCACCGCCAGAGGCGAAUAUCGCGUAGAUGAUGAAGCGACGCCCACAAUGAAGAAUUCCCUCAUGUACAAGAUGAGCUACCACAACUUUGCGAACCUUUUCCCGCCCGGACAAGCCCAGGAUCGCGUCAGAGGCUCGAAAGCGCCGAGUCAGAACCCAGAGCUGAACACUCUGGAGGAGGCUUUCACGUCCGAGAAUUGGAUCGUUCGAUUGUACAAAGUCAAGAAGCCCGACAAUGUUGGCCGAGAUCAUAGCGGCGCAGUUGCCUUCGAGAAGGGCCACAAAAAGAAGAGCAAGAAGGGUUUGAGAAAGUCACGCGUGGUGUUAAGGGAAGAGUAG